GUCUCUUAGCAACCAUCGCGAGGGGGGAGAGGGCAAGGGAGGCCGGCGCGUGCCCGCAGCUCAGCGCCACUUCCGCUUCUCUACUCAAGUAGGUUACUAGGGGCGACCGAGACCGAGGCCGGGGCCGGGGCCGGGGCUUGGUGCCCCCGGGCGCCCCCGCCGGCCUCCUCGGCCUAGCGGUGCAUCCUCAUUCGUUCGGGGCUGGAGUGGGUGUGAUGGCGGCAGUGGCAGCUCCGCGGCCAGAGGCUGAGGAGGCCGCGGAGCCCCCCUGGGCGCUGCUGGGCCCGCGGACGGACGGGGAGGUCACGGCCAAGGCCCCGCUGGCCCCUCCGGGCCUGGCCGGGGGCAAGCCCCGCGGCAUCUGCUCGCGCUCCUACUUCCUGGUGCUAAUGGUGUUCGUGCACCUGUACCUGGGCAACGUGCUGGCGCUGCUCUUCUUCGUGCACUACAGCAACGGCGACUCGUCCGGGCCCGGGCCGGGGGCCGGCCAAGCGGCGUCUCCAGACCCGAGCCCCGCGGCCGCCGCCGCCCCCGCAGCCGCCCCAGCCGCGCGAACCCCGGUCGGCCCCCCGGCCCCCGACCUCUUUGGAGCACCCCUCCUCCGUCUGGAGGGCAUCAAGGUUGGUUAUAAACAGAAGGUGGAGCUGAUCCCCAACAAAGUACACGAUGUGAAGACCCUCAGCUUGAAGCCUCUUCUCUUUGAAAUUCCCAACUUUCUGACUGAGGAAGAAUGCAAGCUGAUUAUUCACUUGGCCCAGCUGAAAGGGCUGCAGAAGAGCCAGACGCUACCCACAGAUGACUAUGAAGAAGCCAUGGAAAUGAUUGAAGUCAGCCCGAUGGACGUCUUCAAUCUGCUGGACCAUAACCAGGAUGGGCAGCUACAACUCAAGGAGGUGCUGACCCACACCCGUUUGGGCAAUGGGAGGUGGAUGACGCCUGAGAACAUCCGGGAGAUGUAUGCUGCUGUCAAGGCUGAUCCUGAUGGUGACGGUGUGCUCAGUUUGGAGGAGUUUAAGCAGUUAAACCUCAGGGACUUCCACAAGUACAUGGGGAGUCAGAAGGUGAAGGUGAGCGACCUGGUGCGCAAUAGCCAGCACACUUGGCUGUACCAGGGCGAGGGCGCCCAUCAGGUCAUGAGAUCCAUCCGGCAGAGGGUGCUCCGUCUCACUCGUCUGCCCAGACAGAUUGUGGAACACAGUGAGCCCAUGCAGGUGGUCCGCUAUGACCAGGGUGGCCAUUACCAUGCCCACAUGGACAGUGGGCCGGUGUUCCCAGAAACAGCUUGCAGCCACACAAAACUCAUCGCUAAUGAAACGUCCCCUUUUGAAACUUCCUGUCGCUAUGUAACUGUGCUGUUUUACCUGAACAAUGUCACUGGUGGUGGGGAGACAACCUUUCCAGUGGCAGAUAACAGAACCUAUGAUGAACUGUCUCUGAUCCAGAACGAUGUCGAUCUCCGAGAUACCCGCAAACACUGUGACAAGGGAAACCUGAGAGUGAAGCCCCGGCAAGGGACUGCUGUCUUCUGGUACAACUACCUGUCUGAUGGACAAGGUUGGGUAGGAGAAUUGGAUGAAUAUUCGCUGCACGGUGGCUGUCUGGUCACCCAGGGAACCAAAUGGAUAGCGAACAACUGGAUCAAUGUAGACCCCAGCAAGAGUCGCCAGAUCCAGUUCCAUCAGGAGAUGGCUCGUUAUGCCCAGGAGGAGCUCGGGGCCCAGACGGAGUGGACAGUGGACAAGUCUUACAAGAAUGUGCAUGUAGAGCUCUGACGGUGCCGGGGGAGUCAGAGCCAGCCAGCCAGCCCGGGAGCAGCAGCUUCUGGGACAGCCGGGGGAGCCUUGGCACAGUUGGCUUUGGCUGGAGACGGAUAGUUUUGCCUUUUCUACCAGGAAGGCCCCCAAGCCUGGGGGGGUCCAACCUUCCCUCAUUUUGGAGGCUCUAGGAUGAGAGCCGAGGUAUCAGGCUUGGGGUGGUCAGAAGGCUGACUUAGGGAGGAGUGUGGCGUGAUGGCAGCAGGCAACCAUGCACGCUCAGAGAAGCCCUCUUGCCCUGGGUCCAUGGAAUU